AUGUUCUUCUACUUGGUUCUCCUCUGUCUUCGUCAUGUCGUCUUCAUCCAAAAAGAAAGUUGCCCCGAGAGGUAUUCUAACUCAAGAGCUACUGAUAGUCUCGAGGCGAUUUUUGAGGAGUUUCAAUUCCUUAACGAUGCUCGCAUGGAUUUCAUCAGAAACAAUAUUGGCCAUUGCUUCAAACGAGCUCAGGAAAUUGUCCUAAACGAGAGACCCGGUGCCGAUAGGGUUCUCCCAAGUGAAAUGGCACUGCUCCACAUGACCUACGAAAGAGUCCCUGACGUGAACAAGAUGAAUUUCACUGUCUGGGCGACUGUCCAUGAGAUAACCGAAGCAGAUGUCAGACUAUACUUCCGCGAAAGAGAUGAGAGAGAGGCUGCAUUGAUUGCAGCUCAAGACCGAGCUCCAGCAGCUUCAUCUGCAUCCGCAUCCGGCUCAGGAGACGAAAGUUGCCAACGCGAUUGA